AGAACGUUGGCAGCGUAGCACGCUACGCGCCUAAAAACUAACUUGCUACGAAAGUUUGGAAGUUCCACUUUCGGUCAGCUUUCGCGAUAUAGAAGUGCAAUGGUAUUCAGAAUGCUGUCCACGACGCUAGUGACGAUCGUCAUCAUUGGGUCUGCCGCGUGCGCUCCGGAAGACGUUCGCAGCGAGCGGGACUCGAACCCCGCACCGGCCUCUCAUGACACUCCUCUCCUCGACAAGAGAUCCUCUCGCUACGACUUCGGGCUGGGCAAGCGAGCAUACAGCUACGUCUCGGAGUAUAAACGACUGCCUGUUUAUAACUUUGGACUUGGCAAAAGGUCCAAGCUGUACUCUUUUGGCUUAGGAAAGAGAUCGGUUAGCGAGGAUCUCCCUGAAGAUGAGAUACCAAACGAGAUAGAAGAUGCUUCUCUUCCCGAGGUUUUCGAAUACGAUGAUGAUGCAACAGGCUACCAAAUUAAAAGAGCUCGGCCCUACAGCUUCGGACUAGGAAAGCGUUUCGUUGAAGACGAUGACAAUGAAGAAAAACGCGCACGGAUGUACAACUUUGGACUUGGAAAGCGGCCCCAUUUGUACAGCUUUGGCCUUGGAAAACGCGCUAGAAACUAUAACUUUGGCCUCGGAAAACGCUUGAGCAAAUUCAAUUUCGGACUCGGAAAACGAGAGCGCGAUCUUCACAGGUUUAACUUCGGAUUAGGAAAGCGGUCGGACACUUCCGAAGAGUCGGAUAACUAUCUGGAGAAUUAAUGUACUUUUGACUACUUAUAUACUUACAUGUUUAAGAAUUUGGUUGUGAAAAGACCCAGCCUAUUUUCACAAUUAAAUUCCGUCGUCUUUCUAUCAACAUGAGACAUGCGGUUUUAAGAAUAGAACUUUAAUAAAUUGUUAAUCUUUUGGCGUUAAUGUAUUUAAAUUCAUUAUUAGUUGUUAUUGUAACAAUUUCUGUGUGUAUUUAAUGUUAAUAUUAGUUACAAAUAAUGCCGAUACGUGGAUCUACGA